AUGGACCCUACUUUGGGCAAUCUCUCCAUGCCAGGUUUGGCUCAAUCGCACGUCCAAGUGCGGACCUGCAUCCACUGUCGCCAACGCAGAGUCAAAUGCGACCGCCAAUUCCCCCGAUGCUCUAAUUGCAUCAGAUCUGAAGUCAAUUGUAUUUAUCCUCCCGGUCGAGGCAGAGCACCCAAGCGGCCGAAACGCAGCCUUGCGCCCCAACUAUCUGAGCGUUUAUCCCGCCUAGAGAGCAUCAUUGGACAGUUUGGUGCUGCUGCCAGAGAGAACCAGGAUACCCCACAGACUGCGCAAGACAGUGACGGGCAUUCAUUUGAGCAAGACUUUAGUCGUCUCAAGGUCGAUGAGUCAAAGAGCUACUAUGUGAACAACGCAUUAUGGGUCACUUUAUCAAAUGAGGUCGAGGAGCUGCGUGAUCUUCUUUUUGAGCCUGCUAGUGAAGAUGCUGGCUACGAGCCUUCAAUCUCUUCAUCCGCCACCACCGCCGCUACUUCACCAUCAUCUCCCCAACUGGGACUCAAUGCCGCAAUUUUUGGCUACCGCGCAAUUGCCUCACCACUCUAUCACUACCAUCCCUCAUUGCAACAAGCUGUCACGCUCUUUGCCGCAUUCAGUGAGAAUGUCGCGCCGCUGGUCCGCAUAUUUCACAUGCCGACUUUGACAAGAAUCUACUGGGAUGCCAUCGCUUCUCUUGGCACAGUAGACAAACAUACCGAGACCUUGCUGUUCACUAUUCAUUACUCAGCGGUCAUCAGUCUCAACCCAGAGCAAUGUCUCAAUAUUCUGGACGAGACUCGUGAGGCUGCCUUGGAAAGAUAUCGGUUUGCAGUUGAACAAGCUCUAGCUCAGGGCAACCUUCUCAGCACCCAGAGUAUGACCAUGUUGCAAGCCGCAGUGCUCUUCUUGUCUGCUCUUCCAAAUGAAGACGACUCGCGUGCGGCAUGGGCACUCACAUCGCUGGUAUUUCAUAUCGCAAGGACCAUGGGUCUCCAUCGCGAUGGCACUAUUUUCGGAUUAAAGCCCUUCGAGACUGAGCUGCGCCGCCGUUUGUGGUGGCAGAUCUGCAUCAUUGAUAGUCGCUCAUCAGAGUAUCACUGCAAUGAGCCUAUCGCGCAGGGCUUUAUUACAGAUACCAAACCUCCACUGCACAUCAAUGAUGUUGACUUGUCACCUGAGAUGGUAGAGCCUCCAGCUGAAAGAUGGGACCAUGCGACUGAUAUGACGCUCACUUUGGUCAGGUGUGAGGCUAUACAGACAGGUCUGAAGCUGGGCCGCAUGAGGCACAAGCAGAACAAAGCAUCAGACGAUGGAGCUACCCCAAGGGUAGAUGACACCUCUGAUUCUCCCAAGACUCUGGCUCAAGAAUUGGAAAGUCGGUUGCGGGAUAAAUAUCUACCCAUCUGCGAUACGACCGUCCCAUUCCAGCUCCUAUCUUCAGCCGUGGCACAAAUCAUCCUUGGACGGUUCUGGCUUAUUACGCAGUACUCAGUAGUGUCACGAGAAAAGGAUGUUGAUGGCAGAAACACAAACAACCAAUUCCCUCCCACUCCCAACACCGCAGGCCAGCUAGAGAACAAAGUACGCGAUGAGCUCUUCCAAACUUCAAUCAAGAUACUAGAAGUAUCGGGCAUGCUUCUCACAAGCAAAGAGAUCAUACAGUUCACAUGGUACUCAAAGACUCAUAUCCAAUGGGGCGCCAUGGCAUUUGUUCUCUCUGAGCUAUGCGCUCGGCCCCAAUCACUGCAAUGUGAGCAGGCAUGGGACUGCGUGACGACAGUAUAUGAGGGAUGGAAGGUCGAUGAGAGCAGACAGGAUGAGACUCGCCUUGCUUUAUGGAGACCCAUAAAAAGGCUCAUGGCCAAAGCUCGCUACGUGAAAGAGAUGCAGCAAACUACUCCUGGGCGGUCGUCCAACGCGGGCCGCAAGGUUCAGAGGCGAGAUCCAGUUCUGUACUCUCCUUCGCCGGGGCUUUUCUCGCAGUAUCCAACACCCGCGUACUCUGAUAACUGGUAUGGGCCGUUGCAGCAGACACCAUCUUCCAUUCCGGCGUCUGAUGCGUCGUUGCCUGGGUUGGCAGCAGUGCCGCUUGAUAGGAGUGGCCAGUCGGAUGCUCUACAGAGGGUGCUUGGUACCGAAACUCUAGGCCCUUUUAUGGAUAUGAUCCCGGAAUGGCCGUGGGUAGAUGCUGAACAGGGGGCUUCAUCCCUGGCGGGGUUUGAUCUUGGGCUACCGAGAUUUAGUUGA